AUGAACGGUACCAAUACCUGCACGGCGGACGACAUUAACGAGAUCGGCCGUAAAACUCAGGAAAGAAUCGAACAUGAGCACCGCAUUGACAAUGUGUACAUGCUUACGUACACAAUACUCAUGGCUCUCACCGUUCUCACCAUAUGGCUCUUCAAGCAUCGAAGAUUCCGCUACAUUCAUGAAACAGGUCUUGCUGUCGUGUAUGGUCUUAUUGUUGGUGCUAUCUUCAGGUAUGGCGUUCCGGAACGGCUCGUAACAAGUAAAGUAUAUGGGUUGACUUCUGCUUCUUCUAAUAGCUGUUCGUUGACAUUACCUCCCGAACGUGCUAUAAUCAACCUUACGGUUACUGAGCCAAUUCCGACGUCCCGUUACUAUCAUUAUUAUUUGGAGUUCGAGUCAAGAGAUACUGUAGCAGCACACUACAGGAUGACAUUCAACCCUGAGAUAUUUUUCAACGUUUUACUGCCUCCGAUCAUAUUUUCCGCCGGUUAUAGCAUGAAACGAGCAAGUAUUCCUUUCAAACAUUUUUUCAGUAACUUUGGUGCAAUCACCACAUUUGCGUUUGCGGGGACAUUUAUUGCGUCAAUUGUUACAGCUUCUAUGUGCUUUGGGUUAUCACGAUUCAUCCCGCAUCUUAAUAAAGGCCUUCGCUUUAGCGAUUGUCUUUUCUUUGGCUCGAUCAUCUCUGCUACUGACCCAGUUACCGUUUUGGCUAUUUUCCACGACUUGAACGUCGAUGUUGACAUGUAUGCGUUGGUAUUCGGAGAGAGUGUCCUCAACGACGCAGUUGCUAUCUCAUUAUCUCAAACAGUCGAUCGCUUUGAUCCCGCAAUCCACGGUGGGUUAACAGAGCGGUCUUUAUUUUCUGCUGUGUGGUGCUUUGUCGCCAAUUUUGGAAGCUCCUUCAUUCUUGGUUCGUCAAUUGGAUGCUUCACAGCGUUGUUGACAAAGUACACGUAUAUUCGCGACUAUCCCAUUUUGGAAACCGUUCUCUUCGUUCUCUUGUCCUACGCUACAUUUUCUCUCUCUGAAGCAAUCGGCCUUACUGGUAUCGUUGCACUUCUCUUCUGUGGUGUUACUCAGGCACACUACACAUUUAACAACUUAUCACGCGAAUCACAAGUGUGGACAAAGCAGUUCUUCGAGUUGCUGAGUUUUCUCGCGGAGAAUUUUGUAUUUGCCUACAUUGGAGUGUCGACAUUCAGCGCACCCUCGCACAACUGGGACAUUUGGUUCAUCCUCAUCACCAUGCUGGCUUGUGUGAUAGCCCGCAUGUGUGCUGUGUACCCGCUCUCAAGGCUGAUUAAUUGCGCUAGGAGCAACCACUGCACACCUCGUUGCUGUCGUCGGGGCUCCCGAAGUUCGGCAGGAGGGAAAGCUCCCCAGGGAGACAUCUCGGAUAACGCUGUUUUUGGGUGGCAGCGCUUUCAUUCCUCCACCUCUAUUUCUGCACCACCCGGCACUCCUGUUGCCGCUAUUAGCGAUACCAAUGUGCCUGAAUCGAAAGGUCUUAUUGGCUGGAAUAGGCAACAUCUACUUGUGUUCUGUGGCCUUCGAGGUGCGAUGGCUUUCUCUCUCUCUAUACGUAACACCAGCACCGAAGUGAGGCAAAUGUUUUUCUCUACCACAAUCUUUAUUGUUAUCAUCACUGUGCUUUUGGGCGGCUGCCUCGCUAUUCCGAUGCUCCAGUGGCUGAAAAUCCCGUGA